GGGAGCGCCUGGGCACUGCGCCGCCGCCCGCUUUCAGUGCUGUCAGCCCGCGGGCCGCGGGCCGCGGAGCCGGGGGAGCGCGCAGCCUGGCCGAAGCCCCACCGCCCGCACAGCCCAGCCUCUGUCUACGGCCAUGGGGGCGUCCGCGCGGCUAUUGAGAGCGGUGAUCAUGGGGGCGCCGGGCUCCGGCAAGGGCACCGUGUCGUCGCGCAUAACCAAACACUUUGAGCUGAAGCACCUCUCCAGCGGCGAUCUACUCCGAGACAACAUGCUUCGGGGCACAGAAAUUGGUGUAUUAGCCAAGACUUUCAUUGAACAAGGGAAACUCAUUCCAGAUGAUGUCAUGACUCGAUUGGCCUUUCAUGAACUGAAAAACCUCACCCAAUAUAACUGGCUAUUGGAUGGUUUUCCAAGGACUCUUCCUCAGGCAGAAGCCUUGGAUAGAGCUUAUCAGAUAGACCUAGUGAUUAAUCUGAACGUGCCCUUCGAGGUCAUUAAACAACGUCUCACUGCUCGCUGGAUCCAUCCAGCCAGUGGCCGAGUCUACAACAUCGAAUUCAACCCUCCCAAAAAAGUGGGCAUUGAUGAUCUGACUGGAGAGCCUCUCAUUCAGCGUGAGGAUGACAGACCAGAGACAGUUGUCAAGAGACUGAAGGCUUAUGAAGCUGAAACACAGCCAGUCUUGGAAUACUACCAGAAAAAAGGGGUAUUGGAAACAUUCUCUGGAACCGAAACCAACAAGAUCUGGCCUCAUGUAUAUGCCUUCCUACAAACAAAAGUUCCUCAGAUAAACCAGAAAGCACCAGUUACUCCGUGAGGAAAGCGCAUGUAACUAGUAAGAUGAGCAGAAGCUCCUCAUUUGUGUAUUUAGAGUCUCCUUGUCCUGAGACUCUGAUGUGGGAAUUCUUUGAAAAUUAUGUUUCAUUUCUACUGAUUUUCUUCUGGAAACUAAGAUGUGCCAAAUGUGUCAGAUACUAAGACUAAUCUUUUGAAAUCAUCUAGUAUGUUUUAUCCAGUUAUCUUCUUGGGGUGCACAAUUUGAAAACAUUACAGAUGUCUAACGAAACUUUUGAAAAAUUGUUUAGAGUAUAAUUAAAAGAGCUAUUGGUAGUAAUCUAACUUUUGUUCAGAAGAGUAAGUGGUUGAUAAAUUUCCCUUAUUUUUCUGGAAAAGUAAAGGAAAAAAAAAUUCUGUCAUUUGAGAAAAGUAUCUCACCAGAGGAUUUUGCUUAGACAUGCCAAAAAGCCAUAUUUAGCUUUGUGGUACAUAGUUUCGUGGUACUGUAUGUCUAUAAAAUUCCAGGAAAAAAAGCAACUGGAUUUACAUAUUAAUUGAAGGAUGCAAAUUCACUGCUGCCUCUACACUAAGAAAUUUAUAAGCUAGCCAUAUAUGUUGUAUUUAUUUUGUUUUUAAAUGUACCUUCAGGUUACUCAAUUUUCAAUUUAUCAAUUAGCAUAGAAAGUACUUUCCUAUAUGAUUUAUAUUAGAAAUUGACAUUAUAAGUCUUGUGAAAGGACCAGAGUUGGAUUUUCAAAUGAAAAUGUAAAGACCUAGGUUAGGUCUUCAGAGGUUACUUGGGUUGAUUUGUGCUUUUGGAUCUACUUGCUGGUUUCUCUUUUUGAUCAAACUGUAUGAUAUGCCUUGAUGAGAUACAUAUUAAAGUAGGAAAAAAAAAAUCCAUGGCACUACAUAAAGUAAGCAUGCUUUUUUCAUUAGGAAAUAGAUCAGGUUUGCCUGGGGAAAACUGUCUGACAAAAACAGCAAUCAUAAUUAGUAAACAGGUAUGGCAAUGAAAAGGAUUUACAUGCCUGGUUAAAAAGGACCAAGGAACUGCGUUUGCUGAAGGGGUUCAUUCCUAAUCAAAGAAGUUGACACCUGCUAGCCUUCACUGCUGCCCUAUCUUAUGGGUAAAGGACCCUGCUGGUGCAUGAAACCUGAGCAGCCAUUUUAAAAUAAAAAUGACUUGGUUCCUUAGUGGAGCAACAAGGAUGCAUGCUUAUGGAUACACUUUGGCCUGGUAGAGUGGAGCAAUAUGAGAGGUGGAGAAACCUGUGUCUUCAAUGGCAUAUUUACUCUUACUGUACUUGGUGCCAAAUCAAAUGAAACUAGUCCUCGUACAGCUGUUAUGAACUGCCUUUGAAAAUGUGGCCUGUUUUAUUCUGGGCACUUAAAAUGCAAUUGCCAAUAAAUGGUUCUUACGUAUUUUCUGGGGGGAAAACUUAUUUUUCUUUCUUUUGAAUUUUAAAAAUUCAAUUUGAUCUUUCAAAAUGGAUCAAGGCUUUUAAAAAGGAUUAAACAUUUUUUUCUUUAUAAAACUUUCUAUAAUGCCUUAUUUGAAUGUUAAUAUUGUGUGCUUUCUAAAAAUGUUGUGAACUACUAAACUUAUGAAUUAUCGCUAGGUUAUCAGGCAUACAUUGGUACUAAGGUAUUCGAAUACAAUUCCAUUUUGCAGCUGUGGGUAUCACUUUGUCUUUGGUAGGUCACAGAGCCCGCUCCAUUCCACCCUCCGUUCUGCUGCCCUAAUGACUCACUGCCUUCUGAAUUAGUGACUCAUUUCUAAUAAUUACCUUAAAACAGUACUCAAGCUGGUUUCCUUUCAUGUUAUACUUUAUCUCCUGCUAUAGUAUUGCAGCCAUACUGGCCUUCUUGGCACCCUUAGGAAGAUUUGGAAUCAAAAAUAGGGAAGAACAUGGCUAUGAAAUUUAAGACUCUUCUUCCCUGUGACCAUUCCCUCCUCAACCCCAAAACCCGAAGUUUUGCACAUGCAUCCAUUAGUUUGGGAAACAUCUGCACUAUUUCAUUUUUCUUUAAUAAAGCACACAAAUAGAAUUUGCUUUAUAUUCACUUAAUGUUAUAGACAGUUCUGAUGAUUAUCAUUGCUGGAGGAAUUUGCUAAAAAAAAAACACCUCAUAAUGCUGUAAUGAUCAUGGUGAUGAUUUAUGUGCCACAUGGAAAUAUAUCUGGAGCUGAAUGCCAUGGCUAGAAGCUACUGUCUUAAAGGCUAAUGAGAAUAGUACUUAAAGCUAUUACUCUAUUUUCUGGAGUAGGAGUUGUUUUGGUAUACCUUUCGUAAGCAGAAUGUGUUGGGAGAAAUGGAAAAUGGCAGUUAGUGCCAUCAGAAAUUUUAUUUCUCAAUUCCAUUUAAAAUAGAUUAAAUACUGGCUUAAAUUUCUAAACCCUAGCCCAUAGCUACAUUUCCCCCAGCCAUUCACAAUGGCAUUCCAGCAAAGAAAAAUAUUUUGGAUAUUCAUAGUUUGGGACAAAAUUUACCUAUGUUAAUAACAAAUUAUGGUAAUUACAAAUUGUUUUAAUACUUGCAACCAACAGUAAGAAUAAAUUUUUAUUUUCAAACAUGUUUAAAAGUUGUU